CACCCACAGACACACACCCGCCUUCCGCUCCCCCUCCUCACACUCCUGUCCUGACCCGCAAACAGGGCCUCCGUCCACACGCACAGAGAGAGAGAGAGAGAGAGAGGGAGAGAGACACACACAACCCGCCCGAGCAGCCAUGGACAGCGGCUCCAGCCAGAAGGUGAUGGUGGAUCCCACUUUAGCUGAGAUGGGGAAGAAUCUCAAUGAAGCAAUGAAGAUAUUGGAAAACAAUCAAAGGGAAAUGGAUGAAGAAAAGGAGAAAAUGAGAUAUGCCAGGAAGGAUAUUCCAGGUCCAUUGCAGGGCAGUGGCCAGGAUAUGGGAACUAUUCUUCAGCUUGUACAAAACCUUAUGCAUGGAGAGGAUGAGGAGGGAUUGCAAACCUUCCGCAGACCUCAACACGUUGGAGAACAAGGUCAUAUGUCCUUAUUGGGUCACAGUUUAGCAGCAUACAUUUCGGUGCUAGACAAAGAGAGACUGCGAAAACUCACCACAAGGAUCUUAUCGGACACUACACUCUGGUUAUGCAGACUCUUCAGGUAUGAAAAUGGAUCUGCCUAUUACCAUGAAGAUGAUCGAGAAGGUCUCUUGAAAGUGUGCAGGCUCAUCAUUCAUUCAAACUAUGAGGAUUAUGCUACAGAAGGUUUUAAUGUCCUCCAUAACAAAUCCCCCGUCUUGUACGUCAGCGCUGCCUCCAGGACAGGUCUUGGUCAGUAUAUCUGCAACCAGCUUGGCCUACCAAUUUCUUGUUUGUGCAGUGUGCCUUGUAACACUAUGUUUGGAUCCCAGCAUCAAAUGGAUGUUGCUCUACUGGAAAGACUCAUCAAAGAUGAUAUUGAUUCUGGAAAGCUUCCUCUGCUAUUGGUGGCAAAUGCAGGAACACCUGGAGCAGGGCAUACAGAUAAACUUGCACGUUUAAAGGAACUCUGCAGUCAGUACAAGAUGUGGCUACAUGUGGAAGGAGUUAAUUUGGCCACAUUGACACUUGGCUAUGUGUCCUCAUCUGUACUGGCUGCUACCAAAUGUGACAGCAUGACCCUGACUCUAGGACCCUGGUUAGGUCUUCCAGCCGUUCCUGCAGUGACAUUGUAUAGGCACGAGGAUCCAUCACUGUCUCUAGCUGCGGGCCUUACUUCCAGCCAACCAGUGCAAAAACUUCGAGCUUUGCCACUCUGGCUCUCUCUGCAAUACUUGGGACAUGAUGGGAUAGUCGAGAGAAUCAAAUAUGCUUCCCAGUUGAGCCAGAGACUCCUGGAGAAUUUGAAAAAGCUAAAUUCUAUCAGAACUACGGAAGUAAUCACCAAACCCAAGGAACUGAAGUUUACAGGGACAUCCAUAGGGAAUGUCUUAGGGAAUAUUGUGUUGGCAAUUGUUGAAGAUGAAUUUAAUUCUCCAGUGGUGGUGUUCAGAUUCACUCAGGACCACCUAAAAUCAGGCCUAGAUGGCGUUCAGUAUCAAACUACAGCAGCCCAAGAUUCAUCAAAGGACAGCAGCGAAAGAGAGAUUUCCGAUACCCUAAAUCGCUGGUUGGGAGAACAGUUAGGGCAGUUGGUUCCAGCCAGUGGCGUGGAUGUUGUGGAGCUUGAAGAUGAGGGUGUGUGUAUACGGUUCAGUCCGCUGAUGACUGCAGCAGUCUUGGGCACCAAAUCAGAAAAUGUGGACCAAGUAGUUGAAUGCUUACAAGGAAAAAUUCCGAUUCUGAAUAGCACCUUACAACUUAGAGAAGAAUUUAAGCAAGAGGUCUACCAGACUGCUGGCUUAACUCACAUUGAAGAUCUGAAUUGGCCUGGAUUGGGUGUUGUACGGUAUGAAUUUACUAAUGAGGAGUCUGACCCAGAAAAAANGCAAGCAGAGAUGGAAAAAAUCACCAGUGGGUUAUUAAAGAAAUUGAAGGAGCUUGACUCAGACCUGAUGUUCUCUACAGGGCCUGAGUUUGGAGGUGAGAAGAACUGCAUUUAUAUUGGUAUGGUAACGGAUGACUUAGAUGUGCCAGAACUGGUGGAAACCAUUGCAGCUACAGGCAGAGAAAUAGAAGAAAAUUCAAAAUUACUGGAGAACAUGACUGAAGUUGUCCGACAAGGAAUUAUGGAGGCAGAACGACAGUUGUUAAAGGCUACUGAAGAAAAACUCGUUGAAGAGGGAAUUCUGCGUCAAAUCCCAGUUGUUGGUUCAGUCCUCAACUGGUUAUCUCCAUUCCACAGCACAGUUAAAGGAAGAACAUUCAAUCUCGCUGCAGGUUCUGUGGAGUCAACAAGCAACACAUAUACAUCAAAAGUUCAGGCCUCAGGAGGAACUCCACCCCCAACUCCUACAGCCAGUCGCACUAAAAAUAAAUUACCAGGACAAAAACAGUUUCGAAGAUCUUCCAGGACUAAUGCAUCUGAUGCAGUUAGUGACACCAGUUCAGUGAGUCACAUGGAAGAAAUUGAAGUUUCCCAGACCAGCACAACAGCAACCAGACUGGAGUUUGAAACAGAAGUUCAUACAAGCCCUGAACCUUCAACUCAACUGGGUAGUGAGUUAGAAGUUCCAGAGCAGGUACAGCAUGAAGAAAGCCCUGAAAUAAAUGUACAGGAAGUUGACCAGAUCUCUGCAGCAGAAGCAGAGGACUCUUCAAAAGAGAGCCUUAGAUAAGGAAAGAGAAUCUUAGCAUCAAGACUUUGUACACAAAAAAAGCACAUGUCCCAUGGUUGGGAUAACAUGGAUCUUUACUAAUGUGAACUGUGCCAUGUAAUAGUACAGUAAGGAUACUACUGUUGUCUGCCUUUAAUUAGGAUUUUGCACAAUGCUGUGAUAAGAAAUUGCAGUCUUAUUGUCUACCGUCCCACAGCAGUUAAUAGAAAUUUUGAUUUAAAAAUUGAUCAACCGUUGAUUAUAUGGCGCGUUAAUAAGUGGUUUCAAGUGGGCUGAAUCCAAAAGUGCAAUUGUUCUGUUUUCUGUAGUGCGCUCGGAAAUCUAAUUUUCUUCCUUGCACAAUCAGUUUGACUAUUACAUUUUACAGUACAAUGAAGUAUACUGUCAUCCCAUCAUUGUGGAUUAAUUUGUAGUAAUACAUUGUUUAAAUUUAGUAAAUCUUUACUAUUGGUGUCCUUAAUAUUUAAAUGGGUUGGGUCAUUUUAUUCUGUUUAUUUUGCACACUAUCCACUGGUGGUUUUCAUUUAGAAACAAACUGUAUCCACCUGUUAUUUUUAGGGGAAAUAAUCUGAAAUCUAUUGUUCAAACGUGAUUAAGCUUCAAGCAAAGUAAAACUGAUCAUUCAUGUUGAGAAAUUUUAAUUCAUGAAGAUUUUUGAAUUUUAUUGGUUUGGAGAACAAAAUAAAAAUUGUUUCUCAGAA